GGUUUUCUCCCACCUCGAACCAAAAUGGCGGCGGCUGUAGGAGGAGCUGAGUGUGGCUGAGAAGGCUCGUGUGCCUUUCCCUUCCCCCCUUCCCCAUUCAGGUCCCCCAUAGGUUUAGGGGACGGGAAUUAACGAGGGGCUUCUGUACAGUAGUUACUUUUACUGAACACUUUUUGGAAGAAAAAAAUGACAUCAAUUAUCAAGCUAACCACCCUCUCUGGGGUGCAGGAAGAAUCUGCUCUCUGUUAUUUACUUCAGGUAGAUGAGUUUCGGUUUCUGUUGGAUUGUGGCUGGGAUGAGAAUUUUUCUAUGGACAUCAUUGAUUCCCUACGGAAACAUGUUCACCAGGUUGAUGCAGUACUUCUUUCACAUCCUGAUCCCUUGCAUUUGGGUGCCCUCCCAUAUGCGGUAGGAAAGAUGGGAUUGAAUUGUGCUAUCUAUGCAACCAUUCCGGUGUACAAAAUGGGUCAGAUGUUCAUGUAUGAUCUCUACCAGUCACGGCACAAUACAGAGGACUUCACUUUGUUUACCCUGGAUGAUGUGGAUGCAGCUUUUGAUAAAAUACAACAACUAAAAUUUUCUCAGAUAGUCAAUUUGAAAGGGAAAGGACAUGGCUUGUCCAUCACACCAUUACCAGCAGGCCAUAUGAUAGGAGGUACAAUAUGGAAGAUAGUGAAAGAUGGAGAAGAAGAAAUUGUUUAUGCAGUUGACUUCAACCACAAGAGGGAGAUCCAUUUGAAUGGAUGUUCCCUGGAAAUGUUGAGUAGGCCUUCUUUGCUCAUCACUGAUUCCUUUAAUGCCACUUAUAUACAGCCAAGACGGAAGCAAAGAGAUGAGCAACUGCUAACAAAUGUCUUGGAAACACUGAGAGGUGAUGGAAAUGUCCUAAUAGCCGUGGACACUGCAGGCAGAGUUUUGGAACUUGCCCAGCUGCUUGAUCAAAUAUGGAGGACAAAAGAUGCCGGUUUAGGAGUCUACUCUUUAGCCCUUUUAAAUAAUGUCAGCUACAAUGUUGUGGAGUUCUCAAAAUCUCAGGUGGAAUGGAUGAGUGACAAACUGAUGAGAUGCUUUGAAGAUAAGCGGAACAAUCCUUUUCAGUUUCGUCAUCUCUCUCUCUGUCAUGGACUUGCAGAUUUGGCUCGAGUUCCUAGUCCCAAAGUUGUGCUUGCCAGCCAGCCAGAUCUGGACUGUGGCUUUUCAAGAGAUCUCUUUAUACAAUGGUGUCAGGACCCCAAAAACUCUAUCAUUUUGACAUAUAGAACCACUCCUGGAACACUAGCACGAUUUCUAAUAGAUAAUCCCUCUGAAAAAGUGAUAGACAUAGAGCUGAGGAAAAGGGUCAAACUGGAAGGAAAGGAACUUGAGGAAUACCUGGAAAAAGAAAAACUAAAAAAAGAGGCAGCUAAAAAGUUAGAACAGUCCAAAGAAGCAGAUAUUGAUUCCAGUGAUGAGAGUGAUAACGAAGAAGACAUAGAUCAACCAUCUCUUCAUAAAACUAAACAUGAUCUGAUGAUGAAAGGUGAAGGCAACCGGAAAGGAAGCUUCUUCAAACAGGCCAAAAAGUCUUACCCUAUGUUUCCAGCUCCAGAAGAGAGAAUUAAAUGGGAUGAAUAUGGAGAGAUUAUCAAGCCAGAGGAUUUCCUUGUUCCAGAACUUCAGGCAACCGAAGAAGAAAAGAACAAAUUAGAAUCUGGGCUUACAAAUGGAGAGGAGCCUAUGGACCAGGAUUUAUCGGAUGUUCCUACCAAAUGCAUUUCAGCAACAGAAUCAAUGGAAAUAAAAGCUCGUGUUACAUAUAUAGAUUACGAAGGGCGCUCAGAUGGAGACUCCAUUAAAAAAAUCAUUAAUCAGAUGAAGCCACGGCAAUUGAUCAUUGUCCACGGACCGCCAGAGGCUAGUCAAGAUCUUGCCGAGUCCUGUAGAGCUUUUGGUGGAAAGGACAUUAAAGUUUACAUGCCCAAACUACAUGAAACUGUAGAUGCAACCAGUGAGACUCACAUAUACCAGGUCAGAUUAAAAGACUCUCUGGUCAGUUCCCUUCAGUUUUGUAAAGCUAAAGAUGCUGAACUGGCAUGGAUAGAUGGCGUCUUAGACAUGCGGGUAUCAAAAGUGGACACGGGGGUGAUUUUGGAAGAAGGGGAGCUGAGAGAUGAUGGAGAAGACACAGAAAUGCAAGUGGAUGCACCCACUUCUGAUUCUAGUGCUGCCGCACAGCAGAAGGCCAUAAAGAGUCUCUUUGGAGAAGAUGACAAAGAAAUAUGUGAAGAAAGUGAGAUCAUUCCUACUUUAGAGCCAUUGCCACCAAAUGAAGUUCUUGGACAUCAGUCUGUCUUCAUGAAUGAGCCAAGGCUGUCUGACUUUAAGCAGGUUCUCUUGCGAGAAGGAAUUCAAGCUGAAUUUGUGGGAGGUGUUCUUGUAUGUAACAACUUGGUGGCUGUUCGCAGGACUGAAACUGGACGUAUUGGAUUGGAAGGUUGUCUCUGUGAAGAUUUCUAUAAAAUUAGAGACCUUCUAUAUGAGCAGUAUGCCAUUGUCUAAAGGAGAACUGUAACUAUGAUACAUUUGGACUUGUUCUGUUUUUAUGGGAUCCUUUUACAGCACACAUGUAUAAGGGCAAUUACCAGCCAUUACCAAAGGUUUCCAGCAGAAGGAUCCAGCAGAAGGAUAUAUUACAGAUCACACAGCUGUAUAGACAUCCUGUACAUUUUGCCAGUUUUAUUUUUCAGACUAAUACAACAAUUUUCUUAGAAAGUACCUGUUUUACAACAUUUCACUUGCAGAUAUUUUUAUGAGAACUGUUCUGGGAUGGGUCCAGUCCACGUUGCACUUAGUUCCCAUUGAAAUUAAUGGACUUAAGUCAUGAUUAACUUGCCCAUUGAUUUCACCUAAAUGCAUUUCACUGAGACUGGAUCCAGCCCAUUAAAAUUAGGUCUAGGAAUGCAAAAUGUAUAUAUGUUAAAUGUCAGUUUUCCUAUUUUGCAAGUAAAAUAAUUUCUUUCCAUUCUUGGUUUUGUAGGGAAAUAUAAAUACUGUUCUGGUAAAACCCAAAUGCGAUAAA